AUGAUACUCCUCUCUCUACUGAAUGACAAUGGACAAAGCUUUUUGACAGCAUAUAUGUUCUCCCAGAGUCCUACAGCAAUAACAGUCAUUGUUCCAGGCAUAACAUCUAUUAUCUGUACUAUUCUAGCAGAUUCCACUAUGAUUUGGCGCUGUUGGAUAGUCUGGGGUCAGCACUGGCUGAGCAUUCUGCCUUCUGUACUUUUUCUUCUUUCUGCAAUUGGUGAUAUACUGACCAACUAUGAGGAAUACAUCAUUAGUGAUGUACUUUAUUCAUCCUUUAUCCUUGCAACAACCUUGUGGUGCACAGUGCUCAUCAUCUAUCGUAUCAUCACUGUUGUACAAGCAGGAAGUCAAGCAGCUUUUUUCUCUUAUAAUUCUGUUAAAGAGGAAUACUUUGACUAUCUAGCAGCAGUUGCAAGAGGAAUUGCUCCAACACUCCUUGUUGGGCGUGUUGCAGCAGGUCAUACUUGCCCAGAUGACUCUUGGCAGGGAAGUGUGAUUUCAGGCUCACUUCAAUUUGGGACACAUUCUGGAGGCCAAAGCUCUCAGCAAGAUUCCAUGAUCAGCAUUGAUCUUGAAUCCCAGCAGGAGAUAGGUCAUGAGUAUGGCCAUCAGAAUCCAGCAUCUUCUGGAGAAGAUAGAGUCUAUGACAGUGGCAUUCAAGAGGAUGACUUGGAGGUGGCCCAACAGGAGGGAGAGAUCACAUACUCCUAUCGCACUCUGGCAGAAUCUCAGACAGAUGUUGGCAUCAACUCAGAAGAUGUCACCCAAGAGCAUGGUCCUGAGUUAGAGCAGGAGAGAGAGAGAUGA